AUGGUGACUUUGACUGUCGUCGCCCCCUCAGUGAACGGCUCUGAGCCCUCUGUGCUCCGCUCAUUGAUCGAACGUAUCACAGCAGACCUCAAGGAUAUUGAAUCAUUCUUUUCAAUCAAGUUAUCGAGCAGAAGGAAAAAGAAGAUCUAUGAAUUCCUGGAAUCAGAGCUGAACUCGUUGAAGGGGCUCUCAUGGGUAUUCAAAAGCCCAAACACGCAAAGCCAUGUCGACUACCUCCUUAUCAAGAACUACAUGGAGCGCCGAUUCCAACAACUCGAGCUUGACUCUAGUCUUGACGAAAAGACAACGCCGCUGCUACCAUUCGCAAGCACCCUGGUGGAUAUUUGCGAAGCUCGGAUUCUGGUCCUGCCAAUGCACUCACAGACUGUUGCGCAAAAGUUAUUUGAGGUCCAACUGCAGAUUGCGGACAUGAUCGAGAAGGUCAAGAUCAGCGCCGAUAAACUACCGGUUGGGACCGUCGCCUUCCGUGCAGCCAGCCAUAUUGACAAUCUGAGAGAGCAUUUGAAAGAGUGGUAUACAUUCUACGAAGGAUAUGACCCACUCUUUGACUGGUGGGCAUCAAAUCCAUACAAAGUCGUGGACAAGAAUCUAGCCACCAUCUCCGAAGUGAUCCGCGAAGAGCUAGUGGGUAUCAAACCGGGGAACAAUGAUGCGAUUGUGGGUCAGCCGAUCGGGCGGGAUGGCCUUCUCGCCGACCUCCAGGCGGAGAUGAUCCCCUACACGCCGGAGGAAAUCAUCUCGAUCGGCGAAAAGGAAUUCGGGUGGUGUAUCUCCGAGCUGAAAACGGCCGCUAAUGCCAUGAAGCUGGGCAACGACUGGCGUCAAGCUCUCGAGGAAGUCAAAAACGACUAUGUGGAACCAGGAAAACAAACUCAACUCGUCCAGGACCUCAUCCUCGAAGCUAUCACCUUCGUGGAAAAACACAAGCUCGUCACAGUCCCACCAAUCGCCAAGCAAACCUGGCAGAUGUUCAUGAUGUCGCCCCAACGCCAAAAAGUCAAUCCAUUCUUUCUCGGCGGCGAGUCAAUCAUCGUAUCAUACCCGACAGACGCAAUGGACCACGAGUCGAAAAUGAUGAGUAUGCGGGGGAACAACAUCCACUUCUCCCGCGCAACAGUCUUCCACGAAAUGAUCCCGGGCCACCACCUCCAAAUGCACAUUAACGCCAGAUCAAACUCCUACCGACGCAUCUUCGACACCCCUUUCUCGGUCGAAGGCUGGGCUUUAUAUUGGGAGUUCCUCCUCUGGGACGACGAGCGAUUCGUCAAAACACCGAAGAACCGCAUUGGAAUGCUUUUCUGGCGUCUUCAUCGAUGUGCUCGGAUUAUUUUCUCGGUGAGGUUCCAUCUUGGACAGAUGUCGCCGCAAGAGUGCAUUGAUUUACUUGUCAAUGAGGUGGGGCACGAACGCGCGACUGCAGAAGGGGAAGUCAGGCGCUCUUUAAGUGGUGAAUAUUCGCCGCUUUACCAGGCUGGGUAUAUGCUGGGCGCCCUGCAGAUAUAUGCUUUGAGGAAAGAGGUUCUUCGUGAUGGAGUGAUUUCCGAAAUGGAAUUCCACGACUUGUUCUUGCAGCAGAAUCGGAUGCCUAAUGAGAUUAUGAGGGCGUGGCUGUUGAACAAGGAGUUGUCUGCGGAUUAUAAGCCCACUUGGAGGUUCUAUUCUGGGAUUUAA